CCCCCCCAUGCCCUUCGCCCACGGGGCCGCGGGUCCCCGAGCCCCGGCUGGCAUGGGCGACGUGCCCGAGCCGUGCCCGCAGGCCCCGCUGGCCGUGCUCUCCAAGGUGGAGCUGCGGGUCAGCUGUAAACACCUCCUGGACCGCGACACCCUCAACAAGUCGGACCCCUGUGUCCUGCUGCUGAUGCAGUCCCAGGGCCAGUGGAUGGAGGUGGAUCGCAGCGAGGUGAUCAAGAGCAACCUGAACCCCGUGUUCGCCAAGAUCUUCACGGUCGAUUACUACUUCGAGGAGGUGCAGAAGCUGCGGUUCGAGGUGUACGACAGCCACGGCCAGGCCGGCCUGGGCACGCACGACGACGACUUCCUGGGGGGCAUGGAGUGCACCGUGGGGCAGAUCGUGGCGCAGAAACGGGUGACGAAGCCGCUGUUCCUCAAGUACGGGAAGUUUGCGGGCAAGUCCACGAUCACGAUCAUCUCGGAGGAGAUCUCGGGGAACAACGGCUACGUGGAGCUCGCCUUCCGCGCCAAGAAACUGGACGACAAGGACCUCUUCAGCAAGUCAGAUCCCUUCCUGGAGAUCUACCGCAUCGACGAUGACCGCAGCGAGCAGCUGGUGUACCGCACCGAGGUGGUGAAGAACAACCUGAGCCCCAUCUGGGAGCCCUUCAAAGUCUCCCUCAACUCGCUCUGCAGCUGUGAGGAGAAGAGGAAGCUGAGGUGCGUGGUGUGGGACUACGACUCGCGGGGCAAGCACGACUUCAUCGGGGAGUUCUUCACCACCUUCGAGGAGAUGCAGAAGGCGAUGGGGGAGAACAAGGUGCAGUGGGACUGCAUGAACCCCAAGUACAAGAUCAAAAAGCGCAACUACAAGAAUUCGGGGGUCGUGGUGCUGCUGGACCUGAAGAUCCACAGGGUUUACUCCUUCCUGGAUUACAUCAUGGGCGGCUGCCAGAUCCAUUUCACGGUGGCCAUCGACUUCACAGCCUCCAACGGGGACCCCCGAAACAGCUGCUCCCUGCACUACAUCAACCCCUACCAGCCCAACGAGUACCUCAAGGCGCUGGUGGCUGUGGGGGAGAUCUGCCAGGACUACGACAGUGAUAAGAAAUUCUCGGCUCUGGGCUUUGGUGCCAGGAUCCCCCCCAAGUACGAGGUCUCCCACGACUUCGCCAUCAACUUCAACCCCGACAAUGAUGAGUGUGAGGGCAUCCAGGGUGUCGUGGAGUCCUACCAGAGCUGCCUGCCCAAAAUCCAGCUCUACGGCCCCACCAACGUGGCUCCCAUCAUCUCCAAGGUGGCUCGUGUGGCGGCAGAUGAGGAGCGGACCAAGGAGGCGUCGCAAUACUUCAUCCUGCUGAUCCUGACGGACGGGGUGGUGACCGACAUGGCAGACACGCGGGAGGCCAUCGUCCGAGCCUCCUACCUGCCCAUGUCCAUCAUCAUCGUCGGCGUGGGCAACGCCGACUUCACGGACAUGCAGAUCCUGGACGGGGACGACGGCGUCCUGCGCUCCCCCAAGGGCGAGCCCGUCCUGCGCGACAUCGUGCAGUUCGUGCCGUUCCGCGAGUUCAAGAACGUGAGUGGGGCAGCGACGAGCCCCUCGUGCCGGGAGCGCCGGAGCAGCCGCGCCUUUGAUGUGCGGGAGCGGGAGCGGGAGCGGGAGCUCGCCCCGCUGCGCCGCGGCCCCGAAUCCAGGGCACGGAGCGGGGAGAGACGGACACGGAGCCGGCCCUGCUGCCCAGCGCACGGCCAGUGCCACGUGCCGUGUGCCGUGUGCCGUGUGUCAUCGUGCCGGGAGCGCCGGAGCAGCCGCGCCUUUGAUGUGCGGGAGCGGGAGCGGGAGCGGGAGCUCGCCCCGCUGCGCCGCGGCCCCGAAUCCAGGGCACGGAGCGGGGAGAGACGGACACGGAGCCGGCCCUGCUGCCCAGCGCACGGCCAGUGCCACGUGCCGUGUGCCGUGUGCCGUGUGCCGUGUGCCAUGUGCCGUGUGCCGUGUGCCAUGGAGAUGCGCAGGGGGAGCAUCCAGCCGAGACAGUGGGGGCAGGGGGCGCUGGAAGGGGAUCUGCUGGCAGGGAGACUCCAGGGGUGGAGGGCCCUGGCUCCUGCUGAAGGCAUCAGCUCCGUGCCACGAGCCCUGGUGGCAAGCCCUGUCGCCAGACUGUCCGCCCCGGAGCCAGACACCCCGCCCCGGGCCGCGCUUCCCACCCGGUCAUUGCCCCCGAGCCGUUGA